AAAUUAGCAAUAAGGUUGAAAGUAGAUGAGUGUAGCGGUGUGUGGCAAGGAGCGGCGGCCAUGUAAACACCAGCAGCAGUUCAAACAUUGAAGUAACAGCAGCGUGGUGAUACUUAAUGUGUUAAACCUUUAUGUUGGUUCCUCAUGGCUGACACCAGCCUCAGAUCAACGACAAAAGAGGAGCUAGAUGGAACACUAGCUCGACUUGAAGCUAUCUGGGAUGAUAUUGGACUCACAGAGGAUCAGCGUGAAGAUAGAAGAAGGCACUUUUAUGGCCACAUUGCGAAUUUGUGUGAUAAAAUUAUUGACGAUGAAAUGGCACUUAAAAUUCGGAUCACCAACAAUAUUGAUCGAAACACUCGACAUAUCUUGAAACUCAGUGAAGAACUGUGUGUUGAAUCUGAAGAGUCUGUGGAUGGCCUUACCUUGCUGGAAUUGGAUGCUAUGAUGCAGGAAAGAAUGGAAAAACUGCAACAGUUGAAAGAUGAGAGACAAGAAACCCUCAAACACUUACAAGAAAAGGAUGAGGGUCUGUGUGAACUGUUAUGCGAAACUCCAUAUUUUAUUCCCUCUGGCUUAGUACCAUCUAGGGAAGACUUGCAUGCUAUGGAAGAACAUGUCAAGACCAUGGAGAAAGAAAAGGAAGAAAGAGAAAAAACCUUUCAAAAGUUGAAAGCAGGAUUACUUAACUUCUUGGAGCAGUUGGAGCAGUCACCAGAGGACUCGUUCAUUCAAGAAGUCAUUUGCUCUGAUGAUGAAGAUAUUCCUCUUGGGAAAGCAUACUUACAGCAGCUCAGGACUGUCCAUAGUGAUCUUGAAUUUCGUGUUCAUGAAAAUGAAGCAAAAUCACUGGAGCUUCGAGAAAAAAUUUCCAAUCUGUGGAGUCUGUUGCAAGUUUCUCAUGAUGAACAAGCAGCUUUCCUGGCCACUGCUCCUAAGCAUACACCAUCAAACAUAGCAAAACUGAAACAAGAACUUGACAAACUACUACUGUUGCGGCUUCAGAAUAUGUCCUUAUUUGUUGAAAAACUUAAGGAGGAGGUGACGGUGUGGUGGAACAAAUGUUAUGUUGAUCGAAAAGAGAGAGAGAGAAUCCUAGCUAUGAGUUCAGCAGGUGAAGCAAAUGAAGACAUAAUGUGUGUGUAUGAAAAAGAGGUUGAGAAAUGGAGGAAGUAUUAUACUAAGAAUAGUGAACUGCUAGGAAUGGUAGCCAGUUUUCUAACUUUAUUUGAAAACAUGCUGGAAUUGGAAGACAGAGCCAAAGAUCCAAGUCGGCUCUUCAACACAAGAGGUGGAGCUCUUCUGCUAGAAGAGAAAGCCAAGAAGAAAGUAAAAGCUGAGCUACCACGUGUGCAAGAACGUCUGAUCGAGAGAGUGUUGGCAUGGGAAGAAAGAGAGGGUCGACCUUUUAUGAUUUAUGGCAUGCAGAUUACUCAGUACAUGGAAGAGCUUUGGGAGUCCCAUGAUGUGAAGAAAGAGGUUGAAAAAAAUAAGAGGCUUCAGGCAAAGGGGGUUGAUGUCAAACGUGGUACAAAUCUUGGCACUCCACACAUGAGGACUCCAGUAUCAGUUUUGGGCUCUGCUAAAAAACGAGUUCGAGAUGGUGAUGAUGUAGGAAGUGUAAAAAAAUCCAAACACCUAAUAGUUCCUGGAGGAGUCAUGUUCAAGUCACCCUCAAAGUCAGCACUACUUCGCUCACCCAUAAAGACACCUCGAGGAAAGCCACUGGCUGACUGCAACCCAUUGGUACCCCUAAAUCCAGUAACAUCAACUUCUAUAGAAGCUUCCUUACAUUCUACAAUUACUUAUGAUAAAUUUGAAGCAGGGAUUGGGGAGAGACGUAAAGGAGAGAUCAUGCACUCUUCCAUAGUGGAUGAGGCAACACCCAGUUCAAGUUACUUCCCUGCAAUUGAUCAACUGAGGGAGAAAAGACUGAGGGACACACUUCACCUUGCUUCCCCAAUCAAGGGACACUGUAGAGAGAAGUACCUUCGAUUUGGCCAAAAUAUAAUUUCCUCCAGUUCAUUGCGACGUGUGGCAUCUCAGCCAUGCCUCACUCUUAAAGUUAGUGCAGCAAAUCUGCGAUGUACAAACCAACCAACCAUUCCCAGAUGUUUUAGCAAUAAAGACCACCCACUCAAGUUCUUGAUGUAAAAAAUUAACAUCUUGUUAUGUUACUUUGCUAUUAAACUUUUACCCAAUUGCAAUAUUAUAUUCCCAAAAAAGAACCAAUCUCAUUUGGGUUAUUCAGUGUUAACUGUAAAUUUUUUUAGUUAGUGUUAUCACCUUUACAGCCUGCCUUAUGAAUGAGACCCUCAUUUUGCAUCAAAGUAACCAGUAACUGUUUUAAAUAAUAAAUAUAUGUUCAUGUACUGAUUUUUUUUUUUACGAGUAGCAGCACUAACAAAUCUGUGUUUAUAACCUAUAUUUUUUGUAUAUUUAACAUGUUUUAAUUUUUAUGUCCCAAAUGUGUGGUGGCAACCUUGUGUGUGUUGGGGGGGGGGGAUAUAUUAUUUUACUUAAAGGAAAGGUAAAUAGCUUUUAUUAUAUUUUAUAAUUUUUGGGCAAAGAAUUACGAGUGUUAAUGUGACAUUGUCUGCAACAUAAUAUAGCAUUAUGACUUGAAUUGUUGAACGUCUUUUAGUUUAAACUAAUUUGUGUAGGGACGAACAGCAUUACUAAAUACUAAACUGCACUUCUUGCUGACCUAGAUUAGCUGUGAAUGCUAUAUUAUGGUGUGAGGGAUUUACCAUUCCUACAGCUAGGAAAAGUCUAACUCAUGUACUGUAAAAUAUUGAUCUACAUAAGCUAAAAGCUAUAAAACAUGACUAUGUAUAAACUUAGUUGAGAUGUCUUCUAAAAGUAAUGAUUAGUAGGCUGCAGUUGCAGAAUUGAUGCUAGCCAUCAAGCAUGCCUAGCAUACUUGAUGGCUAGCAACUUCUGGUCUUUAAUCAGGAAACAUGGCUGUAUCAUGUAUUGCAAUGUUUCAUAAAAUGAUCCUUGAUAAAGCAACAACGUUUAUACGAGUGAAAUGCUCCAAGUAUUUUUUUUAUUAAAUUUAUUUCAUGGGGAGAGUGCUAAACCCAUAGGGGUUAGCAGUACCUUGGGAAAUGGGAGGUAAUUUGGAUUCAAUCUAAGGAAAAGGAGGUCAGCUCCAGUUCUGUCCAUUUAAGGUUUAUUACAUAAACCACUAACGUAAGCCCAUAAAGUAUCUUGACAGGAAAUUAAGAUAUUUUUUUGUAAUGGUUACUGCAAUGUUCGUACUUGUAAGGAAUAAUUUUUUACGAAUUCUUUCACUACUCUAUUUAGUUUUUGAUUUGAGUAUUGUACCGGAAAAUACACAGCCACUUCCUCUCUCCAUACACUGAGGAGUUAAUGGUGUAACAGAAAGAACAAAUUACAGAUGGUUCAGCUUUAUUAAUGUUAUCUGUAUAGUCCUUGUGGCUUAGCGCUUCUUUUUGAUUAUAAUAAUAAUAUUAAUGUUAUACAUAUAAAGUUGUUACCCCUUAGGAGGUUCCUGGUGCUGGAAUUGUAUGGUCUACACAUUUAAGUGUUUCCCCCAAAUAUUAAAAUUAGUUUGUGAAACAUUAGUUUUUAUGAACAUUUAGUAGUAUUUAUUGACAUUCUAGUUUAAUUUAUAUUACAAAGCCUUGGGGUCCCAUCCAUUUUGGAUUCUUAUUGUAUGUGACUAUUUGCACUAUAAUCAUAUUUUUUCUAUUUACAAAUACCUGGUGAAGAUGACUCCAUCAGCAGUGUGAUGAUUUUUAUUAUCUGUCAAGAGGGUAGGGUUGCCUUGUUGCUGCUGGAGGGGUCUGGAUUCAAUGAAUUGAAUCUACCCUCUACUUCCUUGGAUCAAACCUGACUACCUCUCAUUCCUUACAUUUUAUGAGUCCUAUGGAUUUAAUUAUUAGCCUUGAAAACAAGAUUCACAGGGAAGCACUAAACCUGAAAGGGUCAUACAGUGCCUGGGUAAAAGGGAUGUAAUUAGGCUUGACCCAAUGAUGGGUAGGAUAGCUCCAUUUGACUGAGCCCUUUAGCAUCACGACAUCCCUUUAAAGAAAGAAAAAGCAAUGAUCAAGUGGGUAUGGUGUCUGUACGGAAAUAAUUAUUUCUUUUGUAUGCUUUUCAAUGCUUCACGUAUAUUUUCAGCCUACCAGUAUGUGUAACAAGUUUUCAUAAUAGUAGCAGGAAAGGAGGCACUUAUCUUGGAGGAUGAACCUGUUAGAAAAAUAGGCACCAAGAAAAAAAACCAUGAACUUGCCAAAAGUCACUUGCAAAAAUCACCUACAAACCUUUGCAAUAAAGAAAACCAACAUAUUUUCCAAAUGUCAAUUUACAUUCAUAAGAUCACCUGCAAAUGUUUUUAACAUGUUUGCAGCACAUACAAUUUUCAUCAAAUUGGUUUCAGUUUAAAGACUGAUGGAACAUAUCUUUAUAUUAUUAUUAUUAUAAUCAAGGGGGAAGCGCUAAACCCGGAGGAUUAUACAGCGCCUGGGAGGGGAUGUGGAAGGCAUUCAGGCUUAAUUCGGGGAACUGGAGCACAGAUCCAAUUCCCUAAAUCAAGAGCCCCUCACCAACAUCAAGCAUAUCUUUAUAGAAACCAUAAUUUUCACUGGUGAGUUCAUCUGUUUUCUUCAGUGUCUAAUUUGGUGCAGAACAAACCUUUAUUAUAGGCAUAUUGCUUAUCAUACAAGAAGUAAUGCAAUAGAACAUAUAGAGAUUAGAAGAGGGAGGGGUCAAAAAAUAGGUUAGGGCUAGGUAUCACCAGAGGCAGUGAUGUCAAUCUUACUUGUCCUCAUUGGUUUUUCACAUGCUAGAUGACUUUGCUCGGUAGCUUUGCAAUACUAAAUGUCCCAUAGUGGUGACAGUAAUUUCUCACCACCACCUCGUUCUAUUGUUCAGAAGCAGCAAUCAUGCUUAUAGCACUAGAGAAGAAUCAAAGGAUAUUUGGUAUUGCCAAGCUACUGGUCAAACUUGUCUUGUACAGGAAACUAAGUACAGGUGAUGCUGAAUUUUGACCUUUGCCUCCAUAUAAUUUUCUGUUGUGCUUCCCCAGUUCAGUUUUUUAAUAUGCGGUUUUAUUUUUUUAACUCUUCAUACUAUGGUUUGCAUUUAAAUAAAAUAUUUAAUCUACAUGCUCCAUUAGAAAAAAAAAAAAAUGUGACUUACUCCCUGUAUAACAAACCAAGCUACAUCCUAAAGCAGGUAUAAUAAAAUCCAUUCAAUGUGCAAAGAAAAAGAGUAUGAUUAGAUUUGUUGAGGGGGUUACAAAAUGUAACUUUACACAGUGGAUGCCCUUGUGGCUUAGCGCU